AUCCAUUUUCAACUUCUUUUGUAUUUUUGCAAAACCUUUCUAUGACUCCAUAUUUAGCAACUCCCAUUGCAAGCAACUACUGUCUAGCUCUCGUCCUCUUGAGCAGAGCCAGGUCAGUCUUGAUCGAAGACUCUUCGUUGUUGUUCAACUGGGUUGCUCUUGCCUCGAGUCUGCCCUUGCCCCGAGUCUGCCCUUGCCCCGAGUCUGCCCUUGCCCCGAGUCUGCUCCUUCCUUUCUCUUGACCUCUCUCCCUAACAACUUAGUGCUGCAGCCCACCUUAUAGUGUCCCAUCACCCACCUUUUUUCUUGCUUUCUUCUUCUUCUUAAGCUUGCGAAUCAUGUCUUCUUGCCGUGCAUCCAAGCCCACCCGAGCACUGUUUGGCCUCGCCACCCUAGCAGCUGUUCAAAUGUCCAUUCCAGCUCGUUCUGCCUCGAGCAACACCCGUUCUCGUAUUCCUAUGCGCUCCCAGCACUUUGUUUCCUCUGUUUCGACUGUCGCCAUCCCAGCGCAGUCUGCCACUCCUUCGGUCUCUCGACGACCACCUGUUCCCACCACCGUCUCUGCCUCUUCUAUGCCCAAGAAGACAGCGGACUCAAUUCUCAAGCAUGUAGAGCGUGUAAGUAUUGCUCUGAUUUCUUUUCGUGUUCCUGUGCAAUUGGGGUCGUCGUUACUGACCCAGAUUGCGACCGGCAGCUUCGUAAGACUCGUACCGCCACUACGACUUACAAGGUCGCUUCUGCAUUUGCUACCACGAAGCCGGCAGUGCUUCCUCCUGCCAAACCUCAGCCUGUUCCUGUCCCUCGACUUGCUUCUGUACCACCGUCUCGCGUUCCUUCGACCACGUCGGCGACGUCAUCGUCGGCGUCGUCUGCCCGCACCGAGCGGUCGAUCGAUGCGCACAUUGAGCGAGUAAGUUUAUAUCACCCCAGCUCCAUACCUAGCCCCUCGGUUUUUCAUCUUCACUGUCUCUCCUACGUGUUCUGUCCCUGCGCAUUUUUGAUGAAUUUGCAUACAUCGUGCACAGUACAUUCAUUGUCGUCUUACCUGCAAGUGUACGCAUCGCCCUCAACACAUCCAUUCUCUUGCUUCCUGCAAUGUACACAUCUUGGACAGUACAUCCAUAGCCUUCCUUCCUCAAUGUACAUAUUGGGAUAAUGCAUCCCUUGUCGUCGACGACUGCAAUAUACAAAUCGUGCGCAGUAUCUCCUUUGUCAUUCUUGCAAUGCACCUACCGUGCACAGUAUAUCCAUCAUCCUUCACUCUUAUACUGACUUAUUCGCCUGCAGGUUACUAGAGCCAGAAGGAAGGCCACGCCAGCGGUUUCCAUUCGCCCAUCGCCAGUGACGUCCCGGAAGGUCAGCCCAGCGCAGCCACUUCGAGUGGUCAAGAAGUCGCCCGC